AUGGAGCCUCGCCUUCCUGAACUUCCCCCUCCUCCACAAAUGGUCCCACCACUGCCAGAGCUCAUUCCUCCCUGACCUGAGCUUCCCCCUCCUCCACAGAUGGACCCACCACUGCCAGAGCUCGAUCCUCCAUGA